AUGGAGUGUGCAAAGCAGUAUACAGAGGCCGAGUUUCUUGAUCAUUAUUCGAGGAUGGCAUUAAAGUAUCCUGCUGUGACCGAUUAUCUAGAAAGGCGUGUAGAAGUAUCGAAAUGGGCUAAGUGCUAUUUUUCAGCAGAGAGGUACAUUCUAGAUACUAGUAACGUUAUGGAGUCCUUGAAUAGUGUGUUUAUAGAUGCAAGGAAACUGCCAUUAUUACCUAUGAUAGAUGCGAUUGUUGACAAGUUGUGUGAAUGGUUUAACAAGCAUAGGAACAAGGCUGCUUCAAUGCCACCAGGACGCAAACUGAUUGAAUACAGCGUGCUUGGAUUAGAUGGGAUUAAUUACACGGUGAGCUUGAAAAAUAAAACUUUCUCGUGCAAGCUUUUUGAUAUAGACAAGUAUCCAUGUGUCCAUGCAUUAGCCGUAUUAGAAGCUUACAUGAAGCGGCCAAACAAAGAAGUGGAUAUAAAUGUGGAGGACUUGUGUUCGAUGUAUUAUUUAACCGAGCAGUGGGCUUUUGCUUAUAACAGAACCAUCUAUCAUGUUCCACAUAAGUCACAGUGGGUUGUCCCCGAUGAUGUUAAGAAAUUGAGCGCUUUGCCCCCGGUUUACGAGCCAAAUAGGGGGGCAAAACAGCAGAAAAGGCAUCCAUCCGUUGGAGAGCGUCGACCAAAGUCGAAGAGGACGAAGACGAGUAAUAAGCGUCAGCCGGAAUCUUACAAAAUUUAUAGCUAUUUUACUGGAUGUGAAAACGCUGGAAGUGAAAAUUUUGGAGGUGAAAAUGGUGGAAGUGAAAAUGCUGGAGGAGGUGUCUCGGGUGAUAACGUGGUUUAG